GAGUUGACGGACGGAAGUCUGCGGGUCUGUCAUUGCCACGUCGCGGACGUGGUGAUCUCGAAAAUUAUGGAUAUACUCUUCAGAGUAAGAGGAGGCCUUGAUCUAGCUUUUCAGCUAGCUACUGCUAAUGAAAUUUUUAUCAAGAAGGCACUGAAACAUGUGUUGAGUGACCUGUCAGCCAAGCUUUCUUCAGACGCACUGGUGUUCAGAAUCUGUCACAGUUCAGUGUAUAUAUGGCCCAACAGUGACUUCAACACCAUUCCAGGAGAACUGACUGACAAUUCUGCUUGUAAGACCAUAAUGCGCUUUAUUCAACUUGAACAGGAGGAAGACACAAAACGAAAAUUCUUGAAAAAGAAAGACAAAAGGUUGUUGGACAUGCAUCAAAUAGUAAAUAUAGAUCUUAUGCUGGAAAUGUCAACCUCUCUGGCAGCUGUAACCCCUAUCAUUGAGAGGGAAGGCGGAGAACACCACUACGUUACCAUGACUUUACCUGUCGAUGCAGUGGUAUCUGUUGCUCCAGAAGAAACCUGGGGGAAAGUGCGCAAACUUCUAGUUGAUGAAAUUCAUAAGCAACUCACUGAUAUGGAAAAAUGCAUUUUAAAAUAUAUGAAAGGAACUUCGAUUGUGGUCCCUGAGCCAUUGCACUUUUUAUUACCAGGGAAGAAAAAUCUUGUAACAAUAUCAUAUCCAUCAGGAAUUCCAGAUGAUCAGCUACAGGCCUACAGAAAGGAGUUACAUGAUCUCUUCAACCUGCCUCAUGACAGACCUUAUUUCAGAAGAUCUAAUGCUUACCACUUUCCAGAUGAACCAUACAAAGACGGUUACAUUAGGAAUCCACAUACAUACCUUAAUCCACCCAACAUAGAGGCUGGUAUGAUUUAUAUGGUACAGGGCACAUACGGCUAUCACCAUUAUAUGCAGGACCGGAUAGAUGACAAUGGCUGGGGCUGUGCCUAUCGAUCGCUGCAGACUAUCUGCUCUUGGUUCAGACACCAGGGAUACACUGACAGGGGCGUUCCAACACACAGAGAAAUUCAGCAGGCCCUAGUUGAUGCCGGUGACAAAGCAGCAACAUUUGUUGGAUCACGGCAGUGGAUCGGCUCCAUCGAGGUACAGCUAGUGCUAAACCAACUGAUUGGGGUAACUUCCAAAAUUCUGUUUGUCAGCCAGGGUUCAGAAAUGGCCUCUCAAGGACGGGAACUGGCUAACCAUUUCCAGAGUGAAGGAACUCCAGUCAUGAUUGGGGGAGGUGUUUUGGCUCACACAAUACUAGGAGUUGCAUGGAAUGAGAUCACAGGGCAGAUAAAAUUUCUGAUUCUAGAUCCACAUUAUACAGGGUCUGAAGAUCUGCAAGUUAUUUUGGAAAAGGGCUGGUGUGGCUGGAAGGGCCCAGACUUCUGGAACAAGGAUGCUUACUAUAACUUAUGUCUUCCUCAACGACCAAAUGUUAUUUGAAAUAUCUAGGAAUUCGAAGGCUGUACUGAAAUAGUAUUAUAAAUUUGUUAUCAAAAGAAUAAGCUUAAUCAUCUCAAAUUAAAUUAGAUUCAGGGUGUAA